GGCCUGCGCUCCGCGCAGCUGCAGGGCUCGAGGCGCCGCGUGACCCGUCCGGGGCCGGAGCGGACGCCGGCUCCUCGGCCCUUUUCGCCGGGAACAGCCGGCCUGGGUGGCCCGAGCUGGCGCCUGGCGAGCGGCUGCCUCCCCGGCGGCCUGUCCUCAGCCCGACCCGACCCGGGAGGCCGGGACGCGAGGCUGCAAGGAUCCCUGCCGGGCGGCCGCCACCCGCGGGGCGGGGCGCGGUUUUCGGCCGGUCGCGGAACACGUGAUCAGUAUUUGGGGCCCGCUGCAGCCCUCGUCCACCUUAUAGACGGUUCGGUGCACGUGGGAUUAGAGCCGCCAGGUGCCCGCCACCAUGGCCAUGAACCUUCUGGAGGACUGGUGCCGGGGUAUGGAAGUGGACAUCCACAGGUCCCUGUUGGUCACGGGCAUCCCAGAGGACUGUGGUCAAGCAGAAAUUGAGGAGACCUUGCAUGGGGUCCUCUCCCCGCUGGGCCCGUACUUCGUGCUCAAUAAGAUUUUUCUGAGGGAAGAGAACGCCAAAGCUGCCCUAAUUGAGGUGGGAGAGGGUGUGAGUCUCAGGGCCGUACCCCGGGAGUUCCCAGCAAGGGGGGGCGUCUGGAGAGUGGUUUGUAGAGACCCCACCCAGGAUGCUGAGUUUUUAAAAAAUCUGAAUGAGUUCUUAGAUGCCGAGGGGCGCACGUGGGAGGAUGUGGUCCGCCUGCUCCAGCUCGGCCACCCCCCACGGCCCCAGAAUCAGCGCCCGGAGAACUGGGCAGAAGCUUUGGGGGUGCUCCUGGGGGCAGUGGUGCAAAUCGUCUUCUACAUGGAUGCUGAGAUCCGCUGCCGCGAGGAAGUGAGGGCACAAGAGGUGACUGAGGCCCAGGCCGUAGCAGCUUUAGCUUCAGCAUCACGGAGGAAGGUCAAGAAGGAGCCAGGAUGGGCUGCAGAAGUAGGGUCUGCUUUGAAGACGGAGGAUCCCGACAGCUGGCAUGACAUGGAAGACGAAGGUGACCCCCCCAAACCUCUGGUUCGCAAAGCUGGAGCUAAAAGUCGCUCCAGGAGAAAGAAGCAGAAAAAAACCCCCAAGCAAGAGUCAGUGGCCUGGAAGAAACCCAAAGGCCACCAUUCCAAGAGCUCAGCCGCCUUGGAGGAUCCUGAGGCCAAUGGCGCGGAAAAUAUGGAGGUCUCAGAAGCUAUCAGGAGCAACAGAAAGCCCUGUGUGAAGCGGGAGGAGUCGGCUUUGAAGAAGCCUGCGGGAAAAUGUGCCUGGAAGGCUCCCAGCAAGCCAUCCUGUGAUGCCCAGUCAGAAGCUGUGAGUCCUGGGGUUGCUUCGGAGUCAGACCAAGAUGGCGGUCAGGAAGGCCCACCGAAGAAGAAGGCCGUGGGCUGGGCCUUGGCAAAGAGCCCUGCCCCCAUGAGAAAGAAAAAGAAGGUAAGCUUGGGCCCUGUCUCUUACGUCCUUGUCGAUUCGGAAGAUGCCAAGAAAAAACCGAUGAUGGCAAAGAAAGGGCCAGCCGCAAGAGAGGCAUCAGUUCAGAAGGCCCUCCGAGGCCCACAGCCCGCGGAGUUGCCAGCCUCGACCUCACAGGGCCCAGAGGCCGACCCAGAAGGCCCCCCUCGUGCCUCCAGUGGUGAGAACGACCACAGAAGUCGUUUGGGGUGCGCCGACAAGUGGAUGAGUGGGAAAGAGCAGGAGCGCCGGGUGGGGGCAGGUCAGGGGGUGCAUGAGGAGGACCCCAGUGCAGCGGAAGAGGCAGAUGAGGUUUUAGAGGGCGAGAGCCCUGACCUCCCUCCUAGGAGCCCCUGAAGGCCAACAUGGGGGACACCGGUGGGCAGGAGGUGGCCACGCAGAUCCGCCACCUCUCAUUUGUCGGUGACUGUCGCUGUGGUAGUCUCCAGUCAUUCUGCCACUCCAUCUGACCCAGCUCCCUU